AUGGCCAGUCCCUCUUCAAGGACAGGCCCAGGCCUGGGCCUGGGAGCAGAAGAUUUGGGAAAGCAAAGGACCAGUGGCAGACGGACACUGAGGACAUUUCUGCAAUGGUCCAACCAAGAAAAGAUGGAUGCAGAACAAUGGCAGUGGUGGAUACGGGAAGAAGGGGCAAAAAAUGACUUGGAGUUUUCCAACCAGGGUAAUUUUGAGGAUGGUGUAGGCAUUGGUAUUGAUUGGGCUGGACAUAUUUACUCUGGCUCACUGGGAAGGGCAACGUGCAUGUGUACAAAACUUGACAGUUGUCAAGGCUUUUCCAUUCUCACUGGCCUCAUUGGUCCCUCACAGCAACUUUUGCAAGGCAGGCAAGGUGGGACAGGUAAUGGCAUUCCCAUUUUACAGGUGAGGGAAAUUGGCUUGUUGGCAUGGGUCUCAGGCCCUCGGGGUGACACAGCUGGAGCUAGGACACAAUUGGGCACCAGGACCCGGCAUCAGGCCAAUCUGAGUGGGGUCUCCUUAAUUGCUGCAUUCGUUCAGUCUUUGCCCAGGAGAAACUGCAUCUGCCUCCAUUUUCUGGCUUGA